UUAGUUGGCUGAUAAAUCUGGGAGUUUGUAGAAAAUUCCACAGAGCUCUGGAUGAGACGUCUCUCUGCUGGCACGUGACCUGUGAGGUGACGUCAGAUGCUGUUGCGCUCAGACAGUUAGCGGGGGGCGCCAUCAGAUCCAGAACAAACGGUCGAACCUGUCAACUCAGACCCACCGACAGAGACCUCAGUACCGCUGUCUGACUGAAAUCUCCGCUUAUAGGCGUCGCUAUUCAGAAGGGUCGUUCUGAGGAAAGGAGACAUGUCCCAGGACAAGACCGGCUACCCUAUAAUGGGAGAGAACAAGCCCCAUAAUGUCUAUGGACCACCCCAGCCUGAUGCCUUUGGGAUGCCUCCACCUAACUACACCCAGGCCCCAGGUGGGCCCCCAUACGCAGCACCAGGACCAUAUGGCCAACCUGGUUAUCCCCAGGGAGCACCUGGGUUUGCCCCUGGGCCCUUCCCACAGAUGCCCUACCCACAAAUGCCCUACCCUCAAGCCCCAUACACCCAGGGGCCAUACGCACAAGGCCCCUAUCAGCAAGGUCCUGGGCAGCCUGGUUUUGGUAUGGAUGCAAAUGCUUCCAUGAGCCCGGGGUAUCACGGUGGAGAUGGGCCACCUUCUUAUUAUGACAACGAGGAGUUUGCCAAUUCUGGAUGGGAGGAUAAGACUAUCCGGCAAGCCUUCAUCAGAAAGGUGUUCAUGGUCUUAACUGUACAGCUGAUGGUGACGUUCUCCUUCGUUGCUCUUUUCACCUUUUCAACUGAUGUCAAACUGUUUGUGCGACAAAACCGGUGGCCGUACUAUGUGUCCUACGCAGUCUUCUUUGUGUCUCUUAUUGUGCUUAGCUGCUGCGGAGACUUCCGUCGCAAACACCCAUGGAACCUGGUGGCACUGUCCAUUCUAACACUUAGUCUGUCCUACAUGGUGGGGAUGAUUGCCAGCUUCUAUGAUACGGAUACCGUCAUCAUGGCUGUGGGCAUCACUGCAGUGGUGUGCUUUACUGUGGUGCUCUUCUCCCUGCAGAGCAAAUAUGACUUCACUUCAUGCCGAGGUGUCCUCUUUGUCUGCUUAAUCGUGCUCCUCCUCUUCUCCAUCCUUUGCAUCUUCAUACGCCACAAGAUCCUGCACAUCGUCUACGCCUCCCUGGGGGCUCUGCUCUUCACCUGUUUCUUGGCUGUGGACACUCAGCUUCUGCUAGGCAACAAGAAGUUGGCCCUCAGCCCAGAGGAGUACAUCUUCGCUGCUCUGAACCUCUACACUGACAUCAUCAACAUCUUCACGUACAUCCUGGCUAUUGUGGGCCGCUCCCGAGAGUGAGCGUUCCCCUGGAGAAGAGAACAGGAGGUGCAUCCAACCACACAGAAUAAAACCGUUGCACUCUUUCAUGUUGUCUUACAAUCUCUGUAGUCCCACCUCCUCAAAACUCCUCCUUUCUCAAAGUUUCCUCUCUUUAGCAAAUGUACAGAGUGGUUAGACAAAUCAUUAUACACAUCCAGCAGGCCUUGCGUGGAUCGCAACAAGGAAGGGCAUAUAUAUAUUUUUUUUUACUCAUUUAUUGGAAAAAGCAUUUCAGGUCUUUUGAAUCAUGCAUUAUGUCUUCUUGCCGAGCUCCUCGCAUAUUGAAACAGCUUUUGUGCAUUUGGGAAUGGUAGAGUGUAGUAUGACUCACCAGUCGCAUCCAAACAGCAUGAGCAGAAACCUAUUUUUUUUUUAUCCUAAUAUCUGUGAGCUUGGCACUCUGCCUGGUAAUGUUAACACUACAGCAACAGAGAGAGAGAGAAAGGCCAGGAAGUUGAUGGAGAGGACAGUGAUAUGUUGAUGGAGAGGACAGUGAUAUGUUGAUGGAGAGGACAGUGAUAUGUUGAUUAAGGAGGCAAAGCUUCAAAGUGGGAUGAUACUUCAGUCCUCAUCUCUGUCCCUAUUCAUCCUCACCCGUCUAUGUACCGGUGAUCUGCAUGGUAAACUAACACGGCGAAGAAUGAAACUAAAUGAAAAUACAAUCAGAGAUACCUCUCCAAAUGCCUGCUUACUAUGUAGCUGUAAAUAGUCGUGUGAAGCUCAGCCCCUCCCCUCAGCUCAAGGCAUGUCUGUAUGAAUGGCUGCGGUGUUCCACAGGGAAACAUGAAAACACCUCUUUAGGAAGCAAAGACCAAAUAUAACAUAGUCUGGAAGAUGUUUAAUUGACAUGGACUUAAUAUUUAUCAUUACCUAAAUGCUAACAUACAACCUGUGUAUAUAUUUAUACAGUGUACAUUGGUGACAUAUACUGGAAAGUAUACGUAUACUUUUUCUUUUGAUUGAAGGAAGGUGUGAUUGUGUAGUAUGUGCUUUUAUAUGGAUCCAGAGCUCAGUAUUGCAAGUUCCAUGAACAUGAGUCGAUAUAGCUAAUGGUUAGCCUGUUUCUCUUUUCCUCCCCUCUUUCUUUAUUUGUUUGUGAACUUUGUUUAUUAUUUAUGUAGCAUGGUCUGUAUAUGUUUUCCUUCAUUUUAAUUCCUAAUGUGAAAUGUUCGCAUACUGGAAUUGUUUUUUUUUUUUCUCUUUUUACAGUACUGUAAAAGGUACAAGUAAUUGCUUGUUAUUAUGAACCAGAAAGCAAACACAAGGGUAAAUCUACAGUGUUGCUUUUGUGCUGCGUUAUUUAUGAUCUAUUUAUUGAACUUUACUGUAGCGCACAGGACUCGAGGACUGGACUACAUGGCAUUGUUGUGUUUCUGCUUCCUGAAGUAAUUCAGUUAAAGCAAAGUGCUCCUCACUCAUGGGGCUCUACUGUGCAAGUCUGUUUAACAAAGACUAAUGUGAUAUCCGAAGGUGAUAUCAUAAGUCGGCUGAUCUAGGAUCAGUUCCAGCCCAGCUACGAUCCAGCUUGUCAUGUUAAUGAUCAUGAAGGGCAAACUAUGGUCCAAGAUUAGCAACUUGUUGAGUGUAACCACCGAACUAUUUUUACUGAGCUUCACACAGGUCUUCACAUUAAGCUGUGUGGUAGACUAGGAACAGCAAAUGUAACUAACAUGUAAAUCUUCUGUAAAUCAAACUUGUACACAGUUGAGUACUCACUGAAUAUGCUGAAUGGCUAAUUCUUAGCUGGAAUGUGAUUUGACAAACUGUCCUCUCUCUCGUCAUUAGCCAUUCACUCCUAUAUCAUGUUUCCCCAGUUGCACACUCCUCCUUUAUCUUGCAUGUGGAGACACUGGACUAGAUGUUACAGAGAGACAUGUUUGAAGAUACUGAAUUUUACUUAUGUGCUGCAGCUGUAUUUUAAUCAUUUGAUGAACAAGUUUGUGUUUGUAACUAACUCCUGUUAAACUGUAGUGGAUCGAGGUGUGUAAAGUACGUUUUGGCUUUGUAGUUUUUUUUUGGCACUGUAAAUUUACAUUAAAACAAAGUUGGAUUGUAUUCCUCUA